AUGCUUGCUACAAGAAAUAUUUUAACACGGAAUCGCAUUAUUAUUUUUAGAAAUAUAGCUAGUGUAAGUGAUCAAGCAUCAAAUAUGGACAUUGAUGUUUUUCAGAUUCAGAUUAGGAAAAAAAGUGCUAGAAGUACUACCUACUUCGAUUUGAAUGAGUACAUGAAAGUCAUCAAUGUCACAUAUAAAACGGGUGAAGCCAUGGAUCGAUUUACUACCGUCGAGUCAAAAUAUGUGGAUAUUGGGGACCCUGCCGGCACCAAAGGAACAGUGGUCACACUGUCAGGUUCUCCAGGAACUCAUAACGAUUUCAAAUAUAUGAAAUUAUUGUUCGAGCAGAAAAAAAUUCGCAUGAUAAGCACUAAUUAUCCGGGAUCAGAGUUUGUAAGUGGUGGUCUACACAACAGCUACACGAAUAAAGAUCGGAACUCCUACAUGAAAAGUUUGAUGGAAAAAUUGGAGUUGAAAAACGUCAAUAAAUUGGUGAUUAUGGGCCACUCGCGAGGUGGAGAGAACGCAUUGCAGAUGACCAGUGAGCUAUCAGACGAUAGCAAUUGGCCGUUAGUAGGAGCAGUAAUGAUCAACUCUCCUGGGUUCGCUCCGCACAAAGGAAUUAGUAAGAGAAUGGGAGCUAUCAACUUCAUCAUAUCUUUGAUCAAACGUCACAACCCAACAAUCAACAUGAUCCUUCAUCCAAUUUUGCACUGGUUUUACAACGAUGUUAUUGGUCUUCGAGUGUCCCACGGUAAAGUUGCCGCUGCCGCCAUUUUACCUAUGCAAACGUUUGCCUUUGACGAACAAAAAUUGAAUAUCGAUGACUUGAAAAAUAAGCCAAAUGUACGAGUGUUCUACGGGUAUGGCUCGAAAGAUUUUCUUAUCGAUGAGCAUCAAUCAGAAGAAGUUGCCAUGUAUUUUUCGAAUAAGAAUCACUAUAUUAUCAAAAACAAGGACGAUGCAGAAAAAGCGAAACAAAAAAUACAGGAAAAUAUCAAAUCUGGAGACCAAUUCAUCACUGCCAACUUCACGAAUGAAGGUCAUUUUCUGCAGAAGACUUAUCCAGAGUUCAUUGUCGACGUAGUGAAUGUGUUUUUCGAUGCUGACACUGAUAGAGAGAAAUAG